UUUGAAGUUUUCAAUAGUAGUGACUCUUAGCAUCACAUCCCCAGCAGUCUCCACUGAGCCUCCAUACCCCUGUUGUUCAUGGGGGCAGCCUUGGUUGGCGCUGCAGGUCCUGUGGCCUGCAGCCUUCAAGGUGUGAAUAUCUUCAGGUCCUGUUCCAGUGCAAUCCCCUCUCCCAUCUGCUGUGUAUCAACUUGAAUUAGUGGUUAUUACAUUGAUUUGCAAGGAACAUAGUAAGUGCAAAAUUUUCCUGUUGUUGUCAUAAAGGCACAAUCUUUGAUUCUGUUAAAAAGAAUCACACAGUUGAUGUUACGAGGUGCUGUCAAGAUCAGCUUUGUCUCUGACUGUACCGUCCUUGGAGAAAUUUAACAAACGUUAUGUGCCAUGGAACAGACAACUCUGAUCCAGCCUUCUUCAAAACAAUACAUUUUGUACUACGCCUAAAGCCAACAGUGAGUCAGCUACUGGAAUCUAUCCUCUUGUGUCAUCUUGGUGCCAACACGCUAAGCUGGAUUCUGCUCGCCGGCAUUAGAAGGCUGCAUCCCUUUGCUGUUGCAACUUUGCAUCCACCCAUCUGAGUCACUCAAAAAACGUCAACUAGAUCUAUACUACUUUUCACCAUCUACAAUAGUGACUAUUUUAGGUGUCUUCUAAUCAACGCUGAGAAAAGAGGAAAUAGAAGAUCAGAUGACAACACACAGGGAAGGGGAACGAAGGGCUAAUUGAAUGUGUUCGAGGAAUCAGAAGUAUCAGAAGUGAAGAUUGAGGAGCCAUGUGAAUCAUCAGGACUCUAAAUAAUUCCAAGUUAUGCUGAGCAGCUGUUCUUGAAAAAGGAUGACGAUAAAAUCAACAAACAAGAUGCCCCGGCAAUUUGUGAUCUUCACCGUUGUAAGGAUGGGCCAGUAAGAAAUGGCCACAUUGGGCAGAGGCCACCCUCUAUCAACCCUGAAAGACUAAAAGAUUUUGUUGAAGAGGAUUACCUCAAUGGGGAUGUGAAGACUUGGGAAAUGAAGAUAGUCAGCCGUAACGAGGAGUUACUUGGAGAUGCCCUUUCCCUCAUUCCUCAGUCAAGCGCUAGGACCAACCAGUCAAGCCACAACAAGCUGAUUCGAUUCGAAGAUAUAAGUGCAGCAGCUUUCAAAAUCCAGAGCGGUGUUCAGAAAACCCCCUGCAUGUACUCCAGGCUAUCCAAGCAGUAUGGAGUGGAUAUCUAUCUAAAGAAAGAGUUCCUCCAGUACACAGGAUCUGUGAAGGAGAGAGGUGUACUUUAUCUUCUGACAUCAUUGCCUCAGGAUCAGCAAAGAAAGGGGGUGAUCGUGGCUUCAGAUGGUAACUUUUCCAUGGCUGUUGCUUACCACGCCUCAGAGCUUCGUAUUCCAGUGUUUGUUAUCAUGUCAACCAGCACUUCCCCUGCCAGAGUGAAAACGUGCCGUGAGUACGGUGCCAUGGUUAUAUCAUAUGGCACUACAGCUAAGGAUUCCCAGAUGCACGCAAGACGGUUGGCACAGGAGAAUGGCUACCUCUACCUCGAAGAGGAGGAUAGUGCUGUCUACCUGUCGGGCCUGGGAACUGUGGGACUGGAGAUGUACGAGCAGGUGCCAAAGCUGGACGCGGUGAUUUUCCCAGCAGGAGGCCACUGUGGCCUGCUGGCAGGGUCGGCUGCUGCACUCAAACACCUCAAUCCACAUAUUUCUGUAAUUGGUGUUGAAUCUGAAAGUUUCCCUGUAUUGCAACAAUCCUUAAAGGCUGGCCACCCAGCUGAAGACCAGGCUUGCAGCAAUCAUCACUUUUAUGGAGAUGUGAGUGGACUUUGCUUUGGCAGCAAUUCUUUGCAGCUGACUGGGAAACUUGUGGAUAAAGUUGUUGCUGUGAGAGAGGAGGACAUACUCCUUUCCAUGCUGAGAUUGCUGGAGUAUGAGCGAGCCACGGUUGAUGCAGAAGGGGCCAUUGGACUUGCAGCAGUGGUUGCUGGGAAGCUGCCUGAGUUGAAGGGUAAAAGAGUGGCAAUUGCUAUAUGCAGUGGAAAUGUGGAGUUACAUUUGCUGCAGCAGUGCAUAGCUCGUGCCCUGACCCUUGAUAACAGAGUGUGCAGAUUUUCCCUUGUGCUUUCUGACUGCCCAGGAGACAUUUCAAAGCUAUUGGAGAUUCUGGCUCGGGAAGAAGCAAGAGUUUUGGAUAUCAAGCAAGAACGAAUGUUUGUGACGUCUGAGCUCUUCACUGUUGAGGUUACCUGCACUGUGGAGACCAGAGACAAAAUGCACACAGCCCAGCUGAGGAACGCGCUCCUGGAACGCUACCCAACAGCCACGUGGACAGAGCGGUGAUGAGCAAAGCACAAGGGAAGGGGCUGAGGUCCUUGGACAAGCAUUUUGCAGAGCACUAAUCUUGAGGCAUUCAGAACAAAUGUUGUUUUUCAGGGCUGAACAGUUAGCAAAUAGUUUCAGGAUAUUUAUUUCCUGCUCAAAAUGUAGCAAACAUCCUUGGGAAUAAAGUUGAACUUGAAACUUUAGCUUAGCUAAGGGAAAUUUCAUAGUCUCUGCCAGUGUUGGAAUUAUCAGCUGUUUCACUGGGUUUUGACUAGUGUGUGUAGAAUAUGAUGACAUUCAGUAAAUAAACAGGGAGAAGGCAUAUUUUUUAUCUCUGAAUACAGGCCCCUCAAAGGGCUUUUGAUUUUGAUGCCCCUAGUUAAAUUAAUGCAGCUCCUGCUAGAUUUUGCCAUAUUACUAGUGUAGUCAUUUUUCAUUUCCAGGCCAGAAGCAGUUCAUUUGCUGAAUCUGCUUCAUGGGAUAUAUACAUGUGUGUGGGUGAACAUGGUUGCAUUUGCUAAGAACUUUGCUAUCAUGAGGAAAAAUUAUGCUAAUAAAAUGCAGUUUAAAAGAAUCCUUUAGCAGAUAAAAGCUAAUACCGUAUUUUUUCCCCAAAGGAGAAAUGACCCUAUUUAUAAAGUAAGGUUCUGGAAAAUGUUGCAACAAUUAAAAAGGGGAAAAAAAAAAGGUUUGCAUGUGCAGAAUACAAAUGUAAUUCUUGCUCCUGCUUUUGGAGAUUCAGUGUAACAAUGAGCCCAUGAAACGGCUAUGUUCCUUUAUAAAAAGGGGUCUCACCCUUUUGAGUUUUCUAAUUGGAGUUUCACUGAUCGUCUUAGUCUGCCUAAAACAAACUCGAUCCAUCUCACCUGACAGAUUAAGUACAAUGUCAAGAGUGAAAUAUAUUUAAAGAUAACAAGUUACUAAGCAAAGACAGCUCAGGGAGAAGAGGAAGCCUGAGUCUUAGACCAGUGGCUAAUGCAAUUAAGAAAGAACACAUUGACCUAUAUACCAUAUACCAGAUGGAGACCUACUAAUAAGGUAACAUUGUGGGAUGGCAAGAGAUGUAAGAGAAAUUCAAGCCCACCUAUAAAUGUGUGUUCAACAGUUGCUUUUCCACGUGGGCAAAAUUCAAUUUAAGGUUGUCUGCAACAGCACCAACAUAAACUAUUCCAUUCAUUUAAAUUUCACCAGAUUUGACCAAAAUUUUGGGUGCAGGUAUUUUAAUGUGAAGUCUUAACCCUGUCUCUAGAAUAUCAAGUUGAUAAUUAACUAUAUAAAAUAGAUAUUGUAUGUUUAGCAGAGCUCAGCUCAAAAUCCAGCAAGGUCAGAGUAUCCUCACAGGCAGCAUGGGAUCAAAUCAAUCCGGUUCCCAUGAGCAGAGCUGGGUGAACUAUUUUUCAGUGUCCAUGAAAAUGAACUUUUACUAUAGCUUUUGGGGAGAAAGAUGCUGCAAGCCCGUAAUGACCUUCCCUUGUUGCCAUAUUACAACUGAUAAAUGGAGUUUUCUUCUUUAGUCCUCCCCUGUAGUGAAGCAUGCGCUUGUUAGGAUAUUUCUUUUCCUAGUCCUGCAAUGUGGGAUUUCUGUCUCUAGAGCACAAACAAAAAGUCAUGUGGAAAACUGGAGGCCCUGGGGCAGGCAAAUGCUCUUUGUAUCCUCUCUCAAUUCUAGUCCAUCUGUCGGAUAGGAAGAACAUCAUCUAAAGAAUUAGAGCAAUCUAAUCAGAGGGUCCCCAUGGACUACAAAGAACGAACUGCAUAUCCAGUCUUAUGCAUAUCUUACCUGUAUCAUGUCUAUUAUUUACAGAUAACCACCUAUAUUUAUAACCUAGCUUGUGCCUACAAGGUGGGAUGAUGAGGGCAGCAUCCUGGCUGUCUCUGUGGUAUUUCUUCUAAGAAGUAACAGGCUAUUUGUUUUUUCUUAUUGUGGCUCAGAAAGGAGCAGGAAUGGAGAAGAGACUCUCACAAACGGUGGAUAAAUAAGAGAAGUUCACUGGUUUGGUAUAUUGUUGGAAGGAUCGUGUUGGUUUGCAAAUGAACGUAAAAAUUUAUCGAUACCCCAAUGGUUACUUUCUUUCCCUUCCUGCUAGCCACAGCAAUGAGUACAGGACUUGGUCACUAGAAUGUGCUGUAAAUCAGCCUGUCAGACACAACUCCUUUUUUUCAGUCACAGGAGUUUAAGAAAUUUGUAUGGAAAUACAUGAUGAUGGAACACAUAUUGAGUACUUGUUGCCUCCCUUGAAACAGUUAAUGAAUCACAUCAUCAAAGAGCAGAUUUGGGGAUGUAAAUAUAUAUAUAUAUAUAUAUACACACACAUAUAUACACAUAUGUAUGUGUAUACGCAUAUACACACACAUAUAUACACACACACACACACACACACACACACAAAAAUAAGGGUGUAAUUACCCUCUCAUCUCUUUUGGCAAACCUUUCAGGAAAUUUUGAGAAUGUCUUGGAUAUUUACGUGAAAAGAAAGUCAGGCUUUAUAACCAAAGUUCUCAGUAGUGGCCAGCAGCCUUUGGCCUCUGAAUUCUUGAUUUAUUAUCAUGCAUUAUCCUGGAUUUCAUUUUUCUAGAAGCUCAGAGUAUUAGGGAUUUCAUUUCUAAUCAGAGGUAACUGCAUUUAGCAGGUCUUCACGUAACAGGGAUUAGAGAGCUAAUAGAUUGAGCAUCCAAAAAUCAGUGUGCUCGAGAUCACCAUAUGAUCAAAAAUUUGUUUUCGAAAAAAAAAAUGAAAAUGAUUUGUUUAGUAUGUCACAUAUGACAUAUGCAGCUGGGUUUUAUUUUCAUUGUAUUACGUAUAAACAUAAACUGUAAAAUAUUAUUAAGUGGCAAACUCGUCAUAUGUUAAAAUAAUGAUACCAGAAGUGAUCUCCAUUCUGUACUGCUUUUAUGCAAGUCCAAUGGCUUUAGAGGUAAGAUGAAAUACUUCUGGGGGGAAGGGACAUUUAAAUGAAUGUAUAUGAUUGGAAAGAAUACUGAAAUAUCUGUGCUGCUAAACUUUUUGCAUUAUGAAAUAUAAUAGGAUUGUGGCAUUUUGAAGACAUACUUAUGUAUUUUAAAAUGUUUCAUUUAAAGAAAUAUUUUUAUAGAGUGUUCUUAUGUAUCUUGAAAAAACAACAACAAAUGAAUGAUUAUGUAAAAAUAUCUGCAAGUUGUUAAAUCAGCAAAAUUUAAAUCUAAGCAUUGUAUUUAUUUUAAAAAUAAUAAAAAUGACAUUAUGCUGCGUCAGCAAUGAAAGGUUUAUCAUCCUCUCAUAAGGUACUGGUAGCAACCUUGCAUUAAAAUUUCAGAGUUCAUUUUUUCCCUUUCUCUGUCGUUGACAUUGAUGCGAAAUCCACAGCUCUUGUGCAGGAUAAGCUCUGGGCUGCAGGGAGGUGACCCAGCAGGCCAGGAUUGUCCCUCUUGCCCUGCAGAGUAGCACAGGAGCCUGACAGACUGCUCGCCAGCAUGGCUGGAUAAGCAUUGCUCCUUGCUGGCUUGGAAGGCAUUUCUGCUUCACGUACUGGGCCAGGUGCAAAUACUGCCUUGCUUGUACCCAGCGGUGUUCCUGAGCAAUGUGUCUGGGUACAGUCUGGUACAGAGGUAUCCUGGGCUGGGCCUGUGUGGGUGAGUUAAGUCCUUAUCCUAUCCUAUCUUAGAGAUACUCAUCAUGAACAUUGUGAACUUUGGUAAACCAGGCCUUCAAUUGCAGGUUGCAGCAGAUUCCACCAGGUAAAAUACAUAUUCAUGUCUCCGAUGGAAGAGGCUGCUUUGACCCGGUUAAUUCUGCUAGAGGUAAGCCACUUAACUUUGGGAGCAGCUGUGAAUACAAGGUUUGCCAGGGCCUCAGCACAACUUCUUCCAAGGACUGAUGCAAACAAAGCAUAUCUUCUGUUGAAAGUAUCUCUUCCCACACUGAUUCCUAAUUUCUCAUCCAGGGCCUGUUAGCUCUGCAUUAACAUCUAAAAUGCUACCAGUACACGUUUACAUAACAUCAGGUACCGUUCAUCUCCCCAUACAGGUAGUGUGUCCUCACAAGUAGUGCCUUGCUAUUUAGCCUACUUUGGGAAGAUUUGGAAACACAUGUUCUUUCCUCCCAUGCCACAAUGCAGUAAGUGCAGUUGACAUGCUGUAUCAAACUGUUGCUAGAUCCAGAGAUAGGCAUGUGGUUUAGUGGCCAGAAAAGGAAAUCAUAAGACUCUUGGGUUGGCCUUUAAUUAUUGCUGGUCGUUUAUUUGAUGGCCUUGUGUUUUUCUGUCACCUUCUUUGCUGUGUGUUUAACUGUAAGCAGACUGCCACAUUUAGGAUAUUGAACGUUGCAGAGUUUCUUCUACUCCAAACCUUUGCUUUCAUGUGCUCCUAACUUUUUGCUAUAUCCAAAUGUAGGGGGAAUCCUGCUGAAUGGCGUGCCUUCCUGAGCUGAUGCUUUUCCCAUCACUUUGAUGCACUUUUGUUGUUGGUGGUGGUAAAUAAAGCUGCAGCAAAAAUUGUUGGCUGUGGUUGGAAAGCUUUCUGAUAAAAUCUGAAUGUUUGAAGUAAUUCAGUAUUGAGCACGCAUAAGAUCCUUAAGACCAUAGUCCCUCUCUAAAGAAAGGAAGAGCUUGGCAAGUCCUUAAGGGGCAGGGUUGAAUCAACUGCACCUGAGUGCAUCCACAGGAAGGAUAUGAGGGGUUUGUCCUGCCUCAGAGAGAGGAAGGGUGUGGCAGUAAGGGGGUUCAGCUGUGCUGGUGGUGAUAGCCGAAAGUUCUUCUAAAUGCAGGUACUCGUAUUUGUUUGGUGGUUGUUUUUUUUUGGUGACUGUGGACUUUUCAGUCUUUCAUGCCUCUGAAGCUUGUAGAGGAGAGUGUUGUUUGUUCAUGUUUGUUUUCUUGUGAUAAGAAGUCUAGAGGGCCUUAAGAAGGAGAAUUCUGUGGUUUCUGAAGUCAGUAAGCUGGCCUCCCUGUCUGUUUUCUCAAGGGGCACUUAAGAGGUUUUUCUUCAAGAGAAGUCUGGAAGUACUCUGAUAAAUGAGUGCAUUGGGGAUACGUACAGCUGUAUUCCUUAUACUUCUCCCUUCCUUGUUUCCAGUCAUUCAGGUACUGCAAUUACAUUUAAUGUUGUAGGGGCCUUGCAAGGGCUGUGUGGUGUAGUAGAGUACGGAAAUGGUGCUGUAGUACUGCCUCUCCUCUGAAGAGCAAUAGUGAAGGAAAUGCUGAGGUUCCCCCUCGCCCCUUUUCUUUAAACAAACUGUUUUCUUCACCUCAGGACUACAAGACCAUGAUAAUCUCUUGAUCUGUUCAUGCAGGCAUCAGUCUGAAUAAACACUUUACUAACAAGAUAAACUGAAUAUAUAGGUGUAUGGUAAUACACCAAAAGUUUUUUAUUAAGUCCUCAAAUGAGCAGAGUCAUUAAUAAUAAUAAAAAAACACCACUACAAAAAUCUUUUUAUUUUAUAUAUGGAGAUCACUUGCUGGAAGGCAGGUGGAUAAAAAUGUACAAGCCUGUAUUUAAUAAGCAAAAAAAGCAAAGGAUUUUUUAAACUGCUUAUGCUAGUAAGUAGUGAAGUGAGGACCAUGGCUUCAGUAAUGAGUGCUCGUUUACAAUAGCUAUGUAAUCAAAAAAUGUGAAUGGAUGUUCCCCUCUCGUUAUUAAAGCAUGAGGUAUAAAUACAGAAGAAAUAUAUCAUUUGAAUUAUUUCAUUCAUGAAAACAUCACUACGUUAGUUACUUUUUCCUUUGAGAAGGUCAUUUGUCUGGAAGCCUUAAAAUCAGGGUUCUGGAAAGCACCUGUUAGCUCCCUGUUCCUCUAAAAUCUACUGUAUUUCUAUUGACAGUCUGCCAUUGUUGCCCUCUCCUAACAGAGGGAUUAUACCACAGUGCCCACAAGCAGCAGGCUGUAGGACUUUUAAGACUUUAACUAUAGUGGUCAAACUUACUGCAGACUACAAGAAGACCGUUUGCCCUGCUUUAAUUGGGCUGUAUUGCUAUUCAGGAGAUCAGCUGUCCAGCCCCAAGGCAAAUUAAACGUGUUUAAUGAACCAACACUUUGGGGAUUUCCAAAGGUUGGCCUAGUUGUUUCCUAUUAUGUUCACAAAAAUCUAGGUCAGAAUGGAAGAGUGGCAAACGAAGAAAAGAAAAUGUACGGUGACUUGAGUUUUUUUCAUUGUUCCCUUGCAAAACUAAGCAAAAGCCCUUAAGGUUUUAGAAAUAGCUCUUGUAAACAAAUGGGAGACACCAUGCAGGUCAGAUAAUACCUUAUUUUGGUAAAUGCCUGCCAAUAACAGGCACUGUUGUCUUGAAUUUUCCUGACAUCUAACUUAUAUUAUUAGCAUAAAGCAUAUCUAGUUUUGCACAUGAGCUUUCAUAGCAUUUUUUUUCUUAAGGUUUCAAUUUGAAAUGUAUGGUUAAGCUGUAUUUAUUUCUCUUUGGUACUAUCAGCUGGCUGGCUGGCAGAAAUAUGCAUCCUGAAAAUCUUUUAGUGUCAGCUUAGCUUUGUUGCUGGCUUACCUUACUAUUUAGCAGUGUUCUUUACCAGUGAAAGCCGUUCUGUAAGCUUCGUAUGGUUUUAUUUUUGGUGGGAAGCGACAUUUUUGAAACUUUACAGUGAAGUACUAAUGUGUAUUUUCUUCUGGAAGGCUGGGUGGGUUGGGUGUAAAUGUAGAAGAUGGUUUGACAUCCAGCCUAGACUUUGAGCUGCUGUAAGAACAUAACAGCACUCUUCUGUUGCUUUCUCCUUUUGUUGUAGAGAGGGUAUUUUGAUUGCAGUGAAAAGAAUUGCUCCAGAUGAUUAAGAGUAACACUUUAACAGGAUAGCCUGGAGAAGUGCUUCUCCCUGGUGUAAUCAGUGUUUUUUCCAAAGAGCCUGUUGCUAGCUGUAAAUGUCUUACAACUUUAGUGAGUUGAUGACUUACAUUGGUUCUUCUGCAGGCUUUUUCUUAGCAAAUAAUUUUGUGAGGUGUUAUGUUUAUCUUGCAGUGAUGUUAGGUUCAUUAUAAACAAAUAUUCAGAAAUGGGAUCUCCAGAUGACUUUGAAUCUUGCUGUUCUGUGGGUUUCCUUCUUUUCCUCAAGGGUACUUUACGUUAAAAGCCAGUCGGAACUGUUUAUCGCUGAUUCUCAAAUUUUUCAGUUGGUUGUCUCAAGGGUUUCAAAAACAUGAAAAGUCAAGCAGUGCUGCUUCUUACAGCUCUGGGCAUAAAUGCAUGCAUGCAAAAAAAAAAACAACACCUUAACAGGUGGGAAAAUUGAACCCCUACCAAGUAAGGGUAGGGAAGAGAAAAUGCUUGAAAGCAGACAUGCAAUGUAGUUACACUUCCAAAAAGUCUGAAAAGCAAUGCCCGACAACCUCCAAAGAGCUGCUGAGGUCUGCCAAGUUAAUAAAUAAAAAUGGAGAGCCUUCAAAAAUACCUGCUGAUGCAAUUGUCUUGUUAAAAAACUGUUUUAGCCUGAUAAUAGCUUGUAACUAAGGGCAGUUAUCGGUUAACCACCUUUCUUCUUUUAUUGCUUCCUUGUGUGGCAUUGAGAAAGCUUUUACCCUUGCCUCUUUAAAAGGAAAACCUUCUGGUUGAGUCUAGCAGCCAGCUACUAAAUUCUCCAAUUUACCUACAGCCAUCCAGAACCCACCUGAAAGCUGUGAUGGUUGGCAUCAUGAGUGGUGUCCCAGCAGACUGGUGUUGGGAGGGGAAAAUAGCAUAGUCCUUCUAUAGCUUUACUGAUGGAAAAUGAAUAGUGGGAAACAAAAACAUACAAAUGGCUUGGUAAGGACUAGAGAAGUGAUCAAGACUUUUUUCUUAGCCUCAAUGUUACUGUGUGUCUCUUUCUCUGUGCAGGAACAUUAUCAUGAUAAUGUUUAACCAAAGCUCUUACGCCUUCCCAUUCUUAAAAGCUCAUUCAGCAUUCAAUUAGAAUUCAUCUUCAUACACCCAGUAAUUAUACCUCUGCAUGUUUUAGUACCAUAGAGAUUUUUUAUUUUUUUGGCAGAGAGAAAAUGCAUCAAUACCUCAUCCAAACAGCAAUUCUAGGCUUCUGUGGGACUUGCUUUGGA